ACUACAUAGUAGUACAUAGUAAGUGCUAGACGAUACGCGGAGGGACCGAGCGCACCGCACGUGGGAGACCCCGAAAACCCUUUGCUGAUCUUGGCCAUCGAUAGUUCACUCAUUCAAUGGCCCUCAUCACAAUUUCAGGCUACCCCUCCUCUGGAAAAUCAACCCGCGCAGCCCAGAUCCACGACUACUUCUCCUCCUCACUCCAAUCCUCAAGCCCCCAGCUCAAAGUCAAAGUCAUCUCAGACGAUGACCUGACCAUCGACCGCGCGUCAUAUGAUGACAGCCUUCAAGAAAAAACUGCCCGCGCGACUCUCUUCACCGCGAUCACAAGACACAUCGCCAGAGACACGAUCCUCGUCGUAGACGGGAUGAACUACAUUAAGGGGUUUAGAUACCAGUUAUAUUGCAAGGCGCGAGAGGCAGGCGUCAGGGUCGCUACGGUCUAUGUACUCGCUACGCCUGAUCAAUGUCGGAAAUGGAAUGAUGAACGAAUAGAUGGAAAGAGAUAUAAACCCGAAACCCUCGACGCCCUCAUACAGCGCUUUGAAGAGCCCUCCUCCAUGGUUCGCUGGGACGCCCCCCUUUUCACCAUCGCCUGGGAUGACACAUCCCCGCCACUCGAACGCAUAUCAGACGCAGUAACAACUGGAAUCGUAAAGCCUCCAAACGUAGGCACCCAAAUAACACCCAAAGCACCCACCGACGCACUCCGCACUCUUGAGCAUACGACAAACGCGUUGGUUUCGGCGUUGAUGACUGCCCAGGCUGCUGGCCCGCUUGGGGGAGCUAUCGUGCUUACCCUUGAUGCGGUCGAGCCUAAUUCGAAUGCUGGUGCUGAUGGGAGCUCGGUGCUCCGCAUCCGCUUAACUCUCCCGCACCGCGCGCUGACGCUCUCAGAGCUGCAGCGGCUGAAACGGCAAUUCGUGGCGGCGCGCCGGAAAGCGGUGACUUUGGGAAGCACCGAGAAGGGGAGGGUGGAAUGGGGGGAGGAGGGCGUCGGACGGGCGUUUGCAGAGUUUUUGGAGGAAGGCUUGGGUGUCGGGAGGUGACUUGCGCGCUAUUCGAAGUAAGAGGCAUUUAGGAUUAGUGUACUUAGUACAGGACGUGUGAUUCAUGGUAUACUACAGCAAACUACGUGUCGCAAUAUUCGUGCUCGAUCGCAUUUCGAAUGUGAACAGUCCUAGCGCUCAGAGAUUAUUGAAUGAUUCCAUCGAUAUAUAUCUGAAUCCUGAUAUUCAGCACCCAUCUUGCAUUUGCAU